UAGAGCUGGCGGCAGCACACAACGAUAGUCGGCCACACUUAUCAUGUUACAUCAUGUGCAUUUUUAAAUACAAAAUUUAAUAAUAUUAACUAAAUUUCGUGAAAUUGCCUCAUUGAAAGAAUUGCAUCUGAAAGCCAACCCGAAAUGUACAGUUAUUGGGAGAUUAAGAUAAGCUUUCCACGCAUUUCAAUUUGAAUACAAAGCAGCUGAGGGACAACAACAAAAAAAGAACCGGAGAGGAAAAUAAAUAUAAAUAUAAAACAAAUAUAAAUAUGAGCGAGAGUGGCAAUAAUCAGUUUUGUGACGUUGAUUUUUAAGCAAAGACCCUAAAAAGCAAAAUAACACACAAGAAACAAAGUUAUUUGAGUUUUGAAGUUUUGGUGGAGGAGGAGCGAAUCUGAAACCGAAUCCUUAGGCUGCAUACCUUUUGUUUUGUAUCGCAAUUCUCUUCUUCCCCAAAAAAACAAAAACAUAAAUUGCACCGAUCUGCAAAUCCAACCGAAUCUUAAACCGGAUCCCGAAAUGGCGGCCUACUUGAACCGCACCAUCUCGCUGGUUACCGGGCAAACGGGCCCCAACGAUGAUGACCGUCACUCUUCAUCGACGGAUACGGUGGAUAAAUCUGGACCCGGAUCCCCAUUAUCCCGACUCAAUUCAUCGCUGCAACCUUCGGGCUCCACAACGGCUGCCAAUUUGGUGCCGGAAUCACGGCUUUAUCAAUCCAAUGACAAAUCGCCGCUCCAGAUCUUCGUGCGCGCCAAAAAGAAGAUCAACGACAUCUAUGGGGAGAUCGAGGAGUACGUCCACGAGACGACCACGUUCAUCAACGCUUUACAUGCAGAGGCCGAGAUCGUGGACAAAGCAGAGCGGGAGCUUUUCGAGAGCUACGUUAACAAAGUGGCCGCCAUUCGCGAGGUCCUGCAGCGAGAUCACAUGAAGGUGGCCUUUUUCGGGCGCACUUCCAACGGCAAGAGCUCGGUGAUCAAUGCCAUGUUGCGCGAGAAGAUUCUACCUAGCGGCAUUGGGCAUACCACGAAUUGCUUUUGUCAAGUGGAGGGCAGCAAUGGUGGCGAGGCGUAUCUGAUGAAGGAGGGAUCCGAUGAGAAGCUAAAUGUAGUGAACAUCAAACAACUGGCGAAUGCUUUAUGCCAGGAGAAACUAAGCGAGAGCAGUUUGGUGCGGAUAUUCUGGCCCAGGGAGCGGUGCAGCCUGCUUCGCGAUGAUGUCGUCUUUGUGGACUCACCUGGCGUGGAUGUAUCGGCGAAUUUGGAUGACUGGAUAGACAACCAUUGCCUUAAUGCCGAUGUCUUCGUACUGGUCCUGAAUGCUGAGUCCACCAUGACGCGUGCGGAAAAACAGUUCUUUCACACCGUCUCCCAGAAACUGAGCAAGCCAAACAUCUUUAUUCUGAACAAUCGUUGGGAUGCCUCGGCUAACGAACCCGAGUGCCAGGAGUCGGAAUUGGCUAAGGUUAAAUCUCAGCAUACGGAGCGCUGCAUCGAUUUCCUUACCAAGGAGCUAAAGGUUAGCAACGAGAAGGAAGCAGCUGAGAGGGUUUUCUUCGUUUCCGCCAGGGAAACACUACAGGCGCGCAUCGAGGAGGCCAAGGGUAAUCCACCGCAUAUGGGUGCCAUUGCCGAGGGAUUCCAGAUCCGCUACUUUGAGUUCCAGGACUUUGAGCGGAAGUUUGAAGAGUGUAUCUCGCAGAGUGCCGUGAAAACUAAGUUCCAGCAGCACAGUUCGCGUGGCAAGAGUGUUUCCGGGGACAUGAAGUCGAUGUUGGACAAUAUCUACGAAAGGAUUACCAUAUUCCGAAACCUAAAGCAGGAUCAAAAGAACAUGCUCACCGAACGUAUUCAGGGUACGGAGACGCAGAUGAUGCAGGUUACUCGGGAAAUGAAGAUGAAGAUACACAACAUGGUAGAGGAGGUGGAAGAGAAAGUAUCUAAGGCUUUAAACGAAGAGAUUUGGCGCUUGGGCGUGCUCAUUGACGAAUUCAACAUGCCCUUCCAUCCGGAGCGUCUGGUUCUAAAUAUCUACAAGAAGGAAUUAAAUGCCCAUGUAGAGAGUGGCCUGGGAAGCAACUUGCGUGCCCGUCUCUCCAUGGCGCUUGCCAUGAACGUGGAGUCCGCCCAGACGGAGAUGACUGACCGCAUGCACGCUUUGGUGCCCAACGAACAGCUUUUGGCUACCAGCACCAAGAUGAUUGUGCGUACGCAGCCCUUCGAGAUGUUGUACUCGCUGAACUGCCAGAAUCUCUGUGCCGACUUUCAGGAGGAUCUGGAGUUCAAGUUUAGCUGGGGCAUUGCUGCGAUGAUUCAGCGUUUCACCGGGAAGGUGCGUGAGCGCAGCAAGAAGGGUCAGCCGGCGCUGGUCAACCGACAGAGCAGUAUUGGACACAGCGUAUCAACGCCCGCCACCACACCCGUUGAGUCUACUCCUGUAUGCUUGCUACCCGCUCCGGGCAUGGCUGCUAUAACGCCCGAACAGCUGACGCUGAUCUCUCGAUUUGCGGUGUCCUCCAUUGGAUCCCAGGGCACCGUUGGCGGUCUCGUAGUCGCCGGUAUCAUGCUGAAAACUAUUGGCUGGCGCGUUUUGGUGGGCGUGGGAGCCCUGUAUGGCUGCAUCUACCUGUACGAGCGCUUGUCGUGGACUAAUUCCGCCAAGGAGCGCACUUUCAAGGGACAAUAUGUGCGCCAUGCUACCAAGAAGCUCAAGAUGAUCGUCGACCUCACCUCGGCCAAUUGCAGCCAUCAAGUGCAGCAAGAGCUGUCCAGCACGUUUGCCCGUUUGUGCCGCACCGUUGACACCGCCACCACGGACAUGAACGAUGAACUCAAGACGCUGGAUUCGCAGCUGAACAUCCUGGAGGCGAACCAGAAGCAACUGAAGCUGCUCCGCAACAAGGCCAACUAUAUUCAGAACGAGCUCGACAUUUUUGAGCAUAACUAUAUAUCGCCACAGUAGGGAGUGAAAACGGGGUGUCCUAUGUGAUCUGAUGGAUCCGAGAAGGGGAAAACACUUACAAGAAAAUGCAAGAUCAUAAAAAAAAUCAAGGAAAACCAAACACCCGGAACGACUACAAUAACCAUAUUUGACUACGUUUUUGUUGCUCACCUCUCAGAAUAUGAUUCCUUUUUUUUUGUAAAUGCAUGAUUGAGCCUAACGAUUGGUAAAUCUUUAUUUUUUUCGUUUUAACAAAAUGUUGUUCCUGAGAAUUAUUUUAAUUCCUAACUUCCACUAUUGAUAGUGUGGUUAUUUAAUUUUUUUUGUAACUGCUGACCCCAAAACAUUUAUAGAAAUAAUCAAACAUACUGUGAGCAUGGCCGGGUGCCAUGAAAAACCAAGUUAAGGUGAAUUAUAAAUCAGCAUGCUCCCCUAAAGCAAAUGCCACUUAUUUCCCUUACCUUUUAACAGAAAGUCAUGUAAUUAUAUUGUUUUUGAAUUGGAUGCUAGAAUAAUGAAUUGAUGGCUCUUUGGGGUAAAGCAAAAACGAUAAACAUAUAAAAUUGUUGAUGAUGCAAAACAGAAGAAUGAUUAAUGAACGAAAACGAAACGAAAUAAAUGAUAUUUAUGUAUGAAAA